AUGGUCUCUUGUAACACUAGUAACUUACCAACUUUUUUCUCCAAUAGGGGAGAAAGUUGGGUGGACGUAUGUGUAGCCAAUCAAAAUGUGAUCAAAUACAUGGAUAAAUGUGAGACUGUGGAUGACAUCACCGCAAGUGACCACAGAUACAUCAUAUGGAGCCUUACAAAUACUCCUGCGCAACAUACUGAUAACAACAUCAAGAAACAUACAGAAUGGAAUACUUUUAAAAACUACUUCAGCAACCUAUGUGCCACACAGCAAAUAAAUAACAUAACAGAUAUUGACAUCUUAGCUGAACAUCUCAACAGUUGUAUCAUACAAGCUUAUAAUCACUCUACGACUUAUACGCAAGUUAAAACUAAAAACGCACACUGGUGGAACAAUGAGCUCUUCAUUUUAAGACAGAAAACACGUAAAUUACAAAAAAGAUAUCGUUCAGAAACAGAUCCGGAGAGAAAGAAAGAAGAAAUGAAUAUCUUAGGUGUUUUAAUAACUACAAAACAAAAAUAA